UACUUUGUAUUAUAUUUAAAAAAGGUUGAGUCAUCUAAUCGGGUUUCCGGAAUCUGGUUCGACUCCUUUGACGCCAUCACCGGCGGCGCCCUCAUGGUUUCUCUGCCUCCAUCGUCGGAGCUCUCUUCUAGCAUUCUUUUUUCCCUCCCGCGCCACCUGCUACUUCGACAUGCGGAGCGGAUCCGAGAAACCCUAGACAGAACCCUCUACAAGCCACCCGCGGGCUCACCCGUCUCCAUCAAAUCACUUCUAGAAUCUCUUCUUCCGCAUGAGGCGGUCUUCAAGCCGAUCAGCAGAGAAGUCAAGGACUUCUGCCUUUGCUGUGCCGCCCUAGCAUCGGCGGAGGGAGUUGAAUCUCCCUCCGUUUAUUGGAUUCCCAAGGGUUUGUCAUCAUUGGCGAAAUUGGCGCUGCGGGAAAUCUCGGUCACUGGAUCUUUUGCCGCGGAGCGCGAAAUGGUCGCUGAGUUGAUGGUUGAAGUGCUUCCGGAACUCAAGGCGGCGGUGAAGGAGACUUGUGUUGAUCCUGAUGAGGAGGUGUUUGUAGCGGGGUCGGAGAGGGCGCCGGUUGCGAAGUCCAUCGUUGCGGCGCAUCAGUUCAGGUGGCUCGUGACCCAGGUUAUGUACCCUCAUUUGGGAAAUAUGUGUGCUUUGGUCAUGCCAUGUGCUCUGACAACAUUGGAUCACUGGUCACCUGAGGUGAAGGAACAGGGGAUGUUUGUGUUAAUCCAUCUAGGAAAGAAUGUAAAUGCAGCUGAGUUGGCAUGGUAUGAAGAAGCAUUUCUGGAUGUUUGCUGUCGAAAUAUUGCUGCCAGCGAUGACCUUUGGCCCCGCAUUAUUGAGGUGUCCACACUUUUAGUAAUUUGCACGCAACAAAAAAAUCCACGUAGCUCUUGGUUUGACCGGAUGCUAAAUGAGAUGUUAGCACAUUUGGAACGCCACCCAUUUAAUAGAGAACAUCGUAUUGCAUGGCUUAAUCUUAUUGAACCAGUUUUUAAUGCAAUGGGGCUUGUAUUGUUAAUGCACUUCCACCGAAUUUUUCCUCUCUUCUUCCAGUGGCUGCAUACCGACGAUGAUGAAACCAUUCUUCUGGUCUUGGAGCGAAUACAUUCAAUCAUAAAACUGACAUGGGUUAGAAAAUCACCAUACAUGGAAAGGUUGCUAGAUGAGCUCAUUCUUUUGUACAAAGAAGUAGAGGCGAGAAAGAACCGUGAAUCUAUACAGAGUUUCAUUUUAGAUUCUCUAAUUUUACUCCACAAAUGCAAGGGAUUACAGUUUGAAACGUCAUGGAGCAAAUAUAAAUGUGAUCCAUGCUUGGAGAAAUUAGUUUGUUCUUUUAGUGACUCUCUUAAAGUCAACGGUGUCGGAUCUGAGCUUUGCACCUAAAAUGUGCAGGAGUUCUUGAACUCAGUUGUCAACCUUUAGCCUCAUGAGAAGGAAGCAGUUGGAAAUCUUCAGGAAAGGUAAUCAUUGUUGUAUAUUCUUGUAUUGCAGGUGUAAAGUAAAUCCUUCUUCCUAGUUUUGAUGAUGGUUGCCUACUUCUCUGAGCUAGAAAUAAGUGUGAGGUCUUGCACGGCUUAAAAGGGUUUACGUAUCGGGGAAACCAUUGAAUGCUGUAGUUUCUGCGUGAAUGAAGCAUUAAUGAAAUAUUUAUGUAAGCUAUAUAGAGUUAUGCACAAUAUUUUCAUUCAAGAGAUUAUUUGGUUACAUAGAAGUGGGAAGAAGUGUUUGAAAAUGAUAAAUUUAUAUUAUUAUGUCGUGAUUUAAUGUAGGUGCCAUUUUGUUGGAUUUUGAUGUAGGCCCGUUUUGCUGGAUGUAAAUGGGUGUUGCUCGCACAUUUGAAAUGUAGAGGUUUUAAACAUUUUAUUGUUUGAUUUGAAGAAUUUGGACUGUAUAGUAAAAUUUGAGUGAAUUUUUAAGCAAACUCGACAAAUUUCUCUGAGUGCUCAAUUUCAUUAAAAAUUGCUGCUGAAGAUGUGUGCCACUGCUUGCCACCACCGCCCCACG